UGUUAGUCGACUGAAUGCUCAUUAUAGACUUGAAGACAAUUCAGUAAACUAAAGUUCUAGGAAACUCUUCUUCUACCGAAGGGAAAACAUGUUCCGUCACUUUCUUAUUUUGCUCGUUACUCAAUUACUGUUUCUCGCUGUAAUAGCCGAGAGCGCUGAUCAAGUAAGGAAAAGGUAAACAGAAACUAAUGUAUAUUUUAAGCAGUUUUCUAUAUACGAGCGUUGUUCGAUGUAUCUUAACACGAAAUGCGUUCGUAUGUUUGUCUGCAUGUGCAGUAUUAGCUAAAUCUAAACUUCGAAAAUAUAAUGCGUCAGAGAUUUGUCUAAUAUGCUGCUAAUUAUGUCAAGUGAAAACCAUUACACACAGGUAUACCUAUAUGUGGAGUUGUGCAAAUGUGAAAUGUCUCCAUGAGUAUAUGAUUGCUGAAAUGUGAAUCAAUAAUAUUUAUGAAACAGUGCGUUUCUCAUUAAAUAGACGAGCCUUGUCAACUCAAGGAACAAGUGGAUCUUGUCAGGGACUUCCGGGAUUACCUGGACGAGACGGUAACGUAAAAUUCAUUGUUAUUCAAUAUUAACAGUUUCAAUGCACUUUUUUAUUGUCAGGCCUAGCAAGAUUGCGUCACGAAUCUAGUCGUGAAUCGAAGUGCCCAUGCAUAACUUUAUAUGUACUAUUUAGAGCACGCGUGUAGGAGUGCUUUAUCACAUAUCAAACACGAGUGUGCAGCACGACUGUUUUAUAUUUGAUAAAGCACGACUGCAAAAAGGACCCAGCUUAUGCAUGAGCUAAUUGGCGAAGUAAUUUUAAAAAUAAACGUUGUCUAAGCUAAGAAAAUCAAAGCUAAAGUUUAUGCAAGUUAAUAUGAUUGUUUAUCACGUAUAGAACCACUGACACGGCAGUGAUUUCCUUUGUCUUUUCCUCAUGAAUUGGGGCCUCGCUUUUACACCUCAAAUAAAUUUUAGAAGCAAACGUUCAGUUAAAUAUAUCGUCAGGAAGUGUAAAAUCCAAGGACUUUCCAAGGACUUUUAAGCCCAUGUCAGGUGAGGAAAUUGAAGGAAUAAAGGGCUGAAAAGGAGGCAUUAGAAAUAAUACUGAAACGUUGAACUGUUCAAAUUGCAACUUUAAUGAAUGUCAAUUGAACAAAAUGUCCGCUUUUUAACACGGACAAACAAAUUUCCAAAAAUAUGCACAAUCUAAAGCUAGAAAAAUUCAAGGACUUUCAAGGCCUUAAAUAAUUGUUUUCAAUUUCAAGGACUUUCAAGUUUGUAUGUAGCCAGGACAACCCCCCCCCCCACACACACACACACACACUUACAAAUGCUUUGCUGCAGGGCCGUAUUUAACCACGUGGCAGAUGCGGCAUAUGCCGCGGGCCUCGCGCUUAUGGGGGCCCCGCGCUUUACUGUGCCCCGCCCAUUUUUACGAGAACACGCCUAUUUUCUAUUGGGAUACGCCCAUUUUAGGUGCCUCGCGAAUUAGGGACAUCGCGCAUUUAGGGCCCCUACGAUUGGCAGUUUCCCCAGGAAAAUAUACAAUACUCGUAUGCAUGUAAUCUCCAGUUGCGCUGAUCUGUUAUAUAUGAUCCUGUUUAUACUUGUUGACACAACAACUGGGCCAGGCAGGCAAUUGUUUAUAAUUGAUGCCAAUCAAUUGAAAUAUUGAAAGCAAUUAUUUAACAAUUUUGUGUGUCUUUGAAUUACAAAGGUUUUCAUAGGCAAGAGGGCCUCGCGCUAAAAUCUGCCGCGGGCCUCGCGCGAUGUUAAUCCGGCCCUGCUUUGCUGUGCUUCGCAUGGUUUGGCCUGGCUUAGCUAUUAACAAAUAUUUAAUAUAUUUUCUGUUUUUCGUUUAACUUCAGGACGCGAUGGCCGUGAUGCGAUGCUUAUUGGUAAGUUAUGAUAUUUUAUAUUGGUAAUAUAUUUUAUAUUGGUAAUAUAUUAUAUAUUGGUAAUAUAUUUUAUGUCAACUGGAGAAUUAGUGAAGAUUCUUGCGAUAAUUAUCGUAUUGUAAAAGAACAAUUACAUCGGUCAUAAAAUAUACAACGGUCAAGUUGACCGUUACUCUUCUUUGAAAAUCACGUAGGCACGCUUAAAACUGCGACACUGUGGAAGCCCAAAAGUCUUUCAAAACUAUAUAAUACGUUUCACUUUUCAGAAACUGAUAAUUUUGGUUAAGCCAAUGGCAGUUUCACGUAAAAAAGAAGAAAUAUAUUUCAACCUUGCAUGCAAUGAUAUAGUAUAGCCAGCUGAACAUGCAACUAUUUAAUGAUUAUUGGAUGGGGUUGAGCGUGACAAUAAAGAUUGUUUUAAUUUAGUAAAAUAGUUUUACAACUUCAGAAAGAAUGCUUUUGUCUUGACGUUUUCCUUUCUUUUUCUCUUCGAGAUACUUGUUUAAACUCUUAAUGUGGUCUUAGUUUCUAGCUCGUUUAGUAUUUUAUUUAUUUAUUUUUUUUACAUUGCUUUGAGAGGUAAAUCUCGCAUUGGCUUUAUAUUUUAUGCAUGUGAAGAAGCUGGCUUUUGCAGGCGUUGCGGAUUAUUCUCUGCAAAGCUGACGUUAUUUUUACAUUUAGAAACUUAUUAAUUAUCUGCAGAGUGAUGUCACAAUUACACAUUAUCAAAAAUUAUUUGUUGGCCAGCAGCCUGCAUUUAUUAUAUAGUGCUAGUGUACCAAUUGCUCAUAUGCAUUGUCAUGGUUGUAUAUUUGAAACAUUAAUGGACGACUUGCGCUUUAGACUAAAUUUUAAUCUAAGUAAGGUUAAGAACAACGAAAUCUAGCACCACAGCUGGAAAGAGCGUCUUGGAAUUAGUAAUAUAGCCCUUCAAAGUUGGCAAAUUUGUAUACUUUUGUAUUGCGUGCGUGAAUUGGUAACUAAAUUAGUUACCAAUUUCCGCACGUAAUAGAAAUGUAUACAAAUUUGCCAACUUCGCAGGGCUAUAUUUUCCGUAUUUUACAACAUUUCGCAACCAAACUUUGCAGUUUUUCUAAUUUUGACAACUUCUUUCCGAAAAUACCCUUUGUUAUUCCCAGAUUAAAAAUUUUUCCCAGAUUAUAAAUAUAUAUUCAGUCAUCAAGAAUAUAUUUAAUUUCCUCAGGUCCGCCAGGAAAGCGAGGUGCACCUGGACCGACAGGGACACAAGGGGUAAAAGGGAACUCAGGAGGUGUGGUGUACACACGGUGGGGAAGAAGUGACUGUCCGCAAUCUGGCAACACAACCAUGUUGUAUUCAGGUAACUGGUUUUCAAAUACUUACUAAAGGAGAUGUAUGACAAAUUCAACUCUAUUAUCAUUUUUAAUUAAGACACUUAUAUGUAGGAUACAGACUACUCCGUGAGUAUACAGCUUUAAUGUAUGGCUGAAAUGUGUAGACCAUUACAUUUGUGAUAAGCAAUUGAAAGUAAUGUAAAAUUAUAGCCUGAAGUUCAAGAGUUUUUAAGAAUUUGUUUCUUUGCACACAAUUGUGAAAGCUGGCAUGACCGACAGGCUAUUCCAAAUGUUUUCAUUACGGUUAUCAUUUUUAACAUGAAAAACAACAGCCAAUAGUAUGUUAUAUAUCCAAGUAAUUGGUUUUCAAGCACGUAGUGAAGAGAUCUAAAAAGGUAUACAUGUGACCUAAAUAACUAUCGCUCCACAAUUGGUUUAUAUCACCGAUAUGUAGUAUCGACAGCCUGUAUCCUCAUUAGCCUCAUUAAUUAUUUAUAGUUUUACCUAAUGAGUUGUUAUUUUGCAAUAUUGAUUAUUGUUAUGGCGCGCAUAAUUAAAUAUAUUAAGUUCUGUUUUUAUACAUUCUGUACCUCUACACUGACGUUUUUGAAUUCUGAGUUAUUAUCAUCGAUGUUUAGGUGUGAUGGGUGGAUCGUAUUUUACACAUACUGGUGGUGCUUCAAACUAUCUCUGUUUGCCAUUGAAUCCAAUAUUUGACAAAAUCAUUUCGGGAUUUCAAGGAUACAGCUAUAUGUACGGUACUGAGUACGAGUUAGGUGCUCAUUCCAAUAUGUUUCCCCAAAACCUCUAUAACCAUGAUGCACCUUGCGCAGUCUGUUACACUGAGUCACGUAGCAGUCACCUGAUGAUUCCAGCUCGUAAUGUCUGUCCCUCGGGUUGGACCUUGGAGUAUAAAGGUUAUCUCAUGUCAGCAUAUUAUGGCCACACAGGAAGAACCCAGUUCACUUGUGUUGACGGAAACGCUGAAGGUACAACAGGAUCUCAGAGUGGUCAGGAUGGUGCACUACUGUAUUUUGUUGAAAGUCAAUGUGGUUCUCUUCCUUGCCCACCAUACGCCAAUGGUAAAGAAUUGACCUGUGUCGUUUGCACUAAAUGACCCAAUUGAUCUCAGAGAAUACUAGCUUUUAAUUAACAAAAAUUUGACCUUGAUCUUUUAGCGUAAUGCUGUUAUUUCUUGUAAUCGAACAUUUACUUCUAAACUUAAUGUGAUCGCAG